GCAGACAACGCCGUUUGUGCAUGCUGAGGGGAAAUUGCGAACAUUUGCGCAAAGUUAAUUAUUUAAUUAUUUCUUUCUUUUGUUAGUAGUUUGUAAAAAAAAUAUUUGUGAAAGUAAAAAAGUAUAUUUAAGAAAAAUUUGAACAACAUGGCUCAAAAUGCACCGGCUUCAGUAGAUGUGCAGGAUAUACAAUUUAAAUUACAUGGAAAAUUUCCAGUUUUUCCCGAAGGCAAAGAAUUGAAAAGCCUAGUUAGUCUAUUGGCGGUAUCGUCCACCAAGGGUCUGUUGUUUGCCGGCAAUCCGAAUGCCAAGGAACUAAAAGUUACAAAAUUAAAGGACAUUAUCGAUUACAAGGCCAAUGGCAAAGAUCUUCCCGUGCGUGUUAUACCCUUGCAGGGCGAACCCAAGGCAAUGGCUUGCAGUUGUGACGGUUCAAUGUUGGCUGUUAAUUACAUGCAAAAUAAUACCGGAUUUUUGCAAAUAUAUCAGGUUGACUGUUUCUUGACGCCGAACGUAAAUGCUAUUUACAAUGUCCCCGUGGCUCCCGAGAGUUAUGUCUUUGCUCUGCAACUCCUGUGGAAUCCCGUUAUUGCGAAUAACAUUGCUUUGGUCUUAAGCGAUGGUUCAGUAACCAUGUUUACUCUGAAUCCAGGUGGCAAUUAUGACAAAGUGACUUUGGGCAAAGAAAAUCAAGUUAAAUCGGGCUGUUGGUCACCCAAGGGAAAGCAAAUAGUUUUUGGAUUUUCCGAUGGUAAAUUACAACAAUUUAAACCCAACCUACAGCCUGCUCGUGCCAUUCCCUGUCCUCCAGGAAUACAUCCUGGACCGUUUGAUUGUAUUGCUGUCCAUUGGCUGUCUACAUUUCAAUUUGCUGUAAUAUUUCUACAAAAAGGCGAAGAUGUGUGCCCCUCACUCUUUAUUGUGAAUGCACCGAAAGCAGGAAAUCCAACCUAUAUCAAUUAUUAUGACAUCUGUUAUAGUGCUCCGGGACCACGAACUCAACAGCUAACAUUUAAUCACAUAUCACAGUGGAAUUUAUUACUUGUUUCCUCAGCCAAUGGCGUAGAAGUUGGUAUUUUGGGCACCAAAGAGACUGGAGAAAAUCCCACUUGGAUCCAAUAUACUCUUUUAGAUGAAGCUCGCAUAGAAAUGCCUUUAACGGAGUCAAAAGAUGAAACAUUUCCCAUGGGCUUUGUUUUCGAUACGGCCUCAUCGCAUCAAACAAAAAUGGGAGAACAAAUGUUACCUGUAAUGCCUAUGAUACAUGUUCUUUCCACACAUGGGCAUUUGGUGUCGUUUAAUUUUUUGAACUUAUCACCCAAUGCUGUGGGAGUUUGUUCUCCACCACCGCCAUUAAAUGAUACAUCGGGAGAUUUUAAACCUUUACAUGAAACUUUGUCCGGUGGAGCCAGCGAACCAAGUGAACAAAAGACACAGGGUCGUGAAAAAACAAGUGGAGGAAAUACAAUGGCUGCACCACAAACUGGCGGAACUGGUUUUGGUGACAUGACCUUCACGUUGGGCUCAAACAUGGUCACAUCUACGCCAGCCAUAAAAGACAAGCCUGUGCCCAUGUUUGGAGGACUGGCAAAUGCUUCAUCCAAACCAGGUGGCAUAGGAAUGGGUUUUGGAGCUCAAUCAACAACAAUUAAAACAAGUACAUCUACCGCACCAAUUGCCACAGGAGGAAUGACUUUUGGUACGGGCAGCACCACCACUUUUAUGCCACAACAGACGACCUCAUCUUUAGCACCUAAAAGUGGUUUUGGAACACAAGCAGCUGUACCCAGUUUUGGUGCUUCCGCAGGGAGUCAAAGUGGUUUUGGAGUUGCGGCAGCUGAAAAAACGUCACUUCCAGCUGCCACAGAUAAAAAUAUACCUAAAAGUGAGGCGAACCAACCUUUGUAUACGGUUCCGCCCACCUUUAAGGCACCUCAAGCUGUCCAAUCUAACAAACCUACAACGCCUGUGGCAAAAGUCAAUAUGAAAGUUGGCGAAAUAGAUGAUGUAGUUAAGCAGAUGAUAGCAAUUCAAAUCGAGGCAUUUGACCUGGAGAUAAAGCAGAUACAAACACAAACCCAUAAGCUAAUGGAAAAUAUUGGUACACCGGACGAAAUCAAGUCAUAUACCAAACAACUAAAUGAUCUCCAAGAGAUUAUAGAACAAGCAGACGAUCAUGAAUUCGAACAAGAUGUACAAAGUUUGAGGCAUUCGAUGAAUGAAUCAUAUGCUAUGUUGGCUGAAUGUCGUUCUAAAUUGGAUAUGUACAAAAAUCCCAAUCUAUCCCGUUUAACCUCCUCAUCAACUGCUGAUCCCGCAAAUCGACGUCAAUUGGCAAAAUUGCAGGCUUUUAUAGCAACAAAUCAAACCCAGCUGAAUCAGGUUAACUAUUUAAUUGAUGCCCAAUGGUCUCAAUACCAGGAUGUUGUUCGUCGUAAUACAAAAAAUCAAAUGCAUAUACCUUGUUUGGAUGGCAUCUAUCAACGAAUGUCAAAACUAAAAGAUCUUCUCGCGCGCCAACGCACCAAGAUGAACCAUAUUAAAAGUAAAUUGAAGCAAAAGGGUUUAAACUAUAAACCAGGUAGUGAUAAGGAUGUUACAUUAGCUGCUGUUGGGGCGUUAACAAAAAAUCAAAGUACCAUGGAAUCUUUGGCUGACUCCAUACUAUCAAUGAGUCUAUCACAGGUUGUUUCCCAGUCGCAUUCAAAACUUUCAGAAAGUAAAUUGAAUGCAAUACGUAAUUUCACCAAGCAACAGCAGCAGAUAUCAAUAAUCAGACCAAAAAGACCCGAUAGAGUAGGCCUCAAAUCCGAAGUGAUUUUGGAAACUAAGCUUGAGAGUGAACGCAAACAGAAAGAGAAAGAAAUGAAAGAGAAACAGGCUCAGGCUCAGCAACAACAAAAACAGUCCACGCAAAUAUCUACACAAAAGUCUGUAGCACAGACUAGCAUCAAGCAAUCCUCCCAGCAAAUGCCGCCACAAAAUGUACAGCAGCAGCAAAAUCAACAGCAACAAUCAUUCUUAGCCAAACCUACAGCUUCGAAACCCGCCCUUUUGCCCAAUAUAAGCCAGCCAUCACCGUUUAUAACUCCCAAUCCUGCCACCUCAAGCACUCUAUCAUUUGGCAGUCAAAGCUCUUUUGUAAAGACGUCAACGGGUCUCUUGAAAUCUGAUGAUGCCCCAAAACUUGCUACCUCAGCGUCAUCGCCGUUUUCUGCCUUUGGCGGCACAUCAUCUGGUGGCGGACUUACAUUUGGUCAAACCAUAAAAGCUAAUCAAAAUACUGAAGGAAAAGAAAAUAAUGUGGCCGCCACGCCAAUUUCUUUCUCCGCCAAAGUCAUUGGGGGUAAUUCCAAUCCCAAUAAUAAGGCGAAUAUAGGAGGAGGAGGGGUCUUAACUUCCGGCGCCGAUAAUAGUUUAACUAAUCAAGGUUUUGCUUCGUUCUCCACCGCUAAACCAGCCAAUUUGACAACGGAAACGAAAAAUGCCUCAAAUGGUUCUAAAAAACCGGAGGACCAAAAAGAAGGUUUUAGUUUUGGUAGCCUGUCUUCUGCAAAUCUCCCUGUAUCUGCAACCGCUACUCCAACAGCUUUUGGUGGAUUUGGGGCAAAGUCCACAACUACGACCGCAACAACACCUGCCACUCAAGCUGUUUCUUCAGCCCCUUCGGGAGGUUUGUUUUCCUCGUCAACAUUUGGUUCUGGUCUGUCAUUGACAACCACCCCCAAACCAUUUGCAACUUUAUCAUCUGAAUCCUCACCGACACCAUUCGGUGGUUCCAAUACUCCAUUUAGCUUUAGUGGGUUGCCUUCGGGAGCAGCAACUGCAAAUACAACUACUAAAACUACUGAGGCCAGCGCCAAAUCCGAAGAAACAAAAACAUCUGCUACGCAGCAACAGGUAUCCUCCGCCAGCGACACAACAACAACAACGACUGGUUUUACAUUUGGAGGUCUUGCUUUAGGCAACACAGGCUCUAAAGCUCUUACUACAACCACACCGAGUACUAGUUCAGCUCCACCAAAUGUUACGAUCACCUCAUCAGGCUUGCCAACGUCUAGUGCUGCACCUAAGGCCACCACAUCAACCACUUCCACAACACCGGCUGAUUCCUUAUUCGGGUCUUUGAAUAUUUGCAAACCUGAGGCAAAACCAUCCGACGCCUCAAAGGGACAGGCCAAUAUUUUUUCAGGGUUUGCCACAUCAUCUUCGGCAGCAACUUCAUCCACAUUUACCUUUGCUACAAACAGUGCGCCAACUGAUGGAGGCAAAUCCACCCCCGCUUCAUCAUCUCAAACUCCAGUUUUUGGUACAAAUAGUACAACAACCGGAAAUCUAUUUGGCAAACCAACUUCUACAACCGACACGACAUCGUCUACAGCUGCAACCACAACAAUUUCAGCGGUUUCCUCGACAGCCACAACCACUUCAACAGGAGCAACUGGAUUUUCAUUCGCUUCUUCCGUAGAUCAAAAACCUGCAGAUGUACCAUUAUUUGGUGCUCUCUCCGUUUCGUCCUCUGCUUCUGCAACAACUACAACAAACACUGCUGCCACAACGACUGGACCAUCUACCACAGCUGGUAACAUUUUUGGAACUACCGGUGCUUCAUCAAUAUUUGCCCAAGCUGCAGCAGCGACAUCGACUGUGGCAACUUCUAAUACAACAUCCACGCCAAUAUUUGGCGGCGCUGUUGCUGCUAAUGCUGGUACUUCUAGUACCCCAUUGUUCGGCUCCACAGCACAAGCCAGCACAACUGCUUCAACACCAAGCACUGGCUCUAUUUUUGGAGGUAGUGCAAAGGCAGCAGAACCAACAACAGGCGGUAGUAUUUUUGGUGGUAUACCAAAACCGGAUCAAUCUGUUUUCGGCAGUUCAGCAACAGCCUCUGCUGCACCAACACCUGGAUUAUUUGCCGCAGCUGCAGCUGCGACCAAGCCAACAGGUACAACGGGAGGUAGUAUAUUUGGUGGCAACACAACAACAGGAGCUUUUGGGGCUCCAGCAGCUGGAGGGGGUUCUAUUUUUGGAGGUGCAGCCACAACUACGAGCCCAUUUGGUUCAGCGGCUAACACGGCUGGUUCAAUAUUUGGUGGUGCGGCCGCUGCAAAGCCUGCCGAAGGAGGAAACAUAUUUGGAUCUCCCACUCAGCAAUCGGCGUCAAGUGGUGGUUCUAUUUUCGGUAAGAGUACUUUCGGCCAAACAGCUGCAGCAGCACCGGCAGCAGCUUCCCCUGGUAGUAUAUUUGGUGGUGGUGGUGCAGCUCAACCUUCAUCAGCCGGACCCUUUGGGGCACCUUCUGGCGGAUCAAUAUUUGGAGGCGCAGGAAAUGCUGCAAAUAGCCCGGCAUCCGGUGGUUCAAUAUUUGGAGGAGGGAAUACAACUUCUGCUCCAGCCUUUGGAUCAGCUACAGCUUCAUCAGGCUUUGGCUCAUUUUCACAAACAUCAAAUGCACCAGCCUUUGGUUCACCCAAUGCUGGUGGUGCUGGCGGCUUUGGUGCCAGUAAUACAGGCUUUGGUUCACCCCAACAAUCGGCAUUUGCCAAACCUGUAUUUGGUGGACCUCCAACCUUCGGCAGCCCACCAGCAUUCGGUGCUCAACCUACAUUUGGAGGCGCUCCUACUUUUGGCAGUCCCAAAGCUGGAUUUGGUUCAUUUGCAGCUGCUGCGACGACAUCGCCCACCACCACAGGUUUUGGUGCGGCAGCCAAUACUGGAGUUUCAAAGGGUAAUAUAUUUGAAACAUUGGGCUCAACUGAUACCGGCUUAUCAUUUGGCAAUUUGGCUCAGUCUACACAGCCUCCAAAUCAACAAAAACCAGCAUUUGGAGGAUCAUCAUUCAUGAGUUAUCGUUAAUUUAAGUGUACAUGUGAAAUCGUUGGAAAAAAGUACUUGUUAUUUUUUUGGUAUGUAAUCAGGAUGUUAUAUUUAAGGAGGAAUAAACAUUUCAUCUCUAACAUCAAA